CACAUAAACAUAACUAAACAACUUUUUGAAAUUCCAAUUCGACCGUUACUUCUCUUUCUCUACUCAAAACUUCCAGCUUCUGCUAGUUUAAUCUCCAAUUGAUCUGUUCUGUUGUUGUCUUUGAAGUCUUCUACCUCAACUCUUUCUUCCUCCUCUGUUUUUUUCUUCUCUUCAAUCUCGAUUCGACAAAAAUGGCAGUGGCGUACGCCUUCACCAAAGAAGACAUUUCAGUGGAUAAAAAUCUUGGGUACCCAAGAGCAUACCCAAAACUUUGCAAAGAUAAAAGUAUAAGUCCUUAUUGUCAUGGACCUCCUUAUACUUUCACCCCUUAUACUUUACAUCCCCAAGAGGCUUCAAGGGCAGAGGAACUAGAUGAUUUGUUCCCCAUAAUUGAGCUAGAAGCAAAACCAACAGCAAAUACAAAAAUAUUUGUUAGUAUCCUAUGGAAGCAACUCAACCACCUUGGGAAUGCUGGUUUUGAUCCGGCUAUAUUUCGAGUUGAUCCUUAUGGCAAUGUCCUCUACCUUCAUGCUGAUUCCGCCUCUCCUCUUGCUUGGGAUAUCGAUCAUUGGUUCCCUUGCUCAAGGGGAGGAUUGACUGUCCCAAGCAAUCUGAGGAUACUUCAAUGGCAAGUGUGCAAGAGGAAGCAUAAUCAGCUUGAAUUUUUGGUCCCUUGGUGGGAUUUGCAAUUGGGCAUCUCUAUAGACCAGUUCAUAUCCAUUUUUAGUGCUUCAAACUCAGAUUUCAGGAAUAGGGCAUUUAGAUGGCUGUUUGCAUCAGGUGAGAGUGAAGAACUUAAUGAAUUGCAAAAUGUAGAGUCCCAUAAUUUCCCUCAACCUUAUGUGGAGUCAAAAGAGCAACUAGGCCUAGCACCGGCUGCUGUCGUUCGAACUCGAAAAGAACUCUCUGAGCCAUCUUCUUCAACUCUUAGACCAUUGGAUAUCAAUAGACAGCCAAGACCCACAACCCUUAAGAUAGCUGCUUCAAGGAAAUUCAAAAAUGGUGAUUUGAAGGAAAAUGAGAUGCCUGAUAUGGCAACAAACCCAUAUCAAGCCUUAGUCAUGGCAAGAGAUUCAUUAAAGCAAAGAGAAGAAAAUAAUAAGAUGAAGUUAGAAAUUCAAAAGUUGGAUGAUGAAGUGAAUGAAUUGAAGCUUAAGAAUGAGGAAGAAAAGCUUACUAUUCAAGAACUUGAAUUAGCUUUGAUUAAACGCAAGCGAAAAGCUGAAAAGUGUCGUCGAUUAGCUGAGGCUCAAUCUUCUCACAGAGCAAUGCUAGAGAAAAUGAUCAGAAAUGCCAUGCACCAGAGUGUGGUUUACAAAGAACAAGUGAGACUAAAUCAGGCAGCAACAAACACUCUAAUGGCAAGACUUGAAGCACAAAUGGCAAUAUGCAACUCAGCCGAGAAAAAGCUUGCACAAAAGUUCAAGUUAAGGGAUGAACUUGAGAAACAACUAAAGCCCGAGUGGGAACAAGCAAGGAAGAGAUCGAGAACAGAUGAUGAUGAUGCUUUUACUGAAGAGAAAGAACACCGAACCCUUAUUUACUUGCCAAGAAUAAAGACUAAAAUACAUAAAGAACUAAGGAAGUUCUUAGAAGAGGAACAAAAGUUAUCAGAAGAAGCACUUUCAUUGAUAGAAGAAGACUCAAAGGGAGAACAAGAAAUUGAAGAGCUACCUAGGCUUACUCUCGGGCCGGAGUCAGAAGAAAUCGAAGAGCUCAAUGUGAAGUUUCCGUUUGCAAGAGUAGAAGCAGUCGAGGAAGAUGAGGAAUCGAGGAAGGAAAGAGGUAAAGGGAAUGUCGAGAAAUGGUUGCAAAUGUUGCUUGAUGAAACAGGAGAAGAUAAUUUGGAUUGUGAUCAUCCUAAACUAGUUCAAGAACCUCAAACUAGCAAACAUACCGAUGAAAUCAUCAGGAAACUCAAUGAAAAAUACCCACGAAAGGAGAUUGAACCGAGGAAAACAAGGUCAUCUGAGACGCGUAACAAUGAAAAUAAGAAUGAAGAGACGAUAACAACUGAAGCUCAAAAACCGAGAUCAAUUAGCACUCCUAGGAGAUGUAUGUCGCGUAACAAUGAAAACAAGAAUGAAGAGACGAUAACAAGUGAACCUCAAAAACCGAGAUCAAUUAGCACUCCAAGGAGAUCAAUCUCAUCUGAGGCCGAUCUUAGCAAAGGAAACAAGGCAAGGAAGAGUUUUGGGAGGAGUGAAAGUGCAAGGUUUUUCAUGACAAUCCCACCUUCUCCUUCCAAGAUAUUGAACAUGACUAAAGGGGUUGAUUGCAUAAGAAAAAAACCACUUGUUAGUCAUGAUGAUGAAGAUGGUUAUUAUGGGAAUGGGAAUCAUUCAGCAGGAAAUAAUACCUUGCUCAAAUCAUCUAUCAAAUCUAUCAAGAAAGCUGUCAAGAAUUAAGGUGUAAAUUCUGUGAUAUAUACUUUUUUUUGUUUAUGUCUUGUGUUUGUUUACAACUUCAUAUUCUUUUGUUUGUUGAGGGUUGAUAUUCAUUUGAUGCUGAAUAUGUGUGAUUGUAUUUCUUCAUCAGUUUGUUUUCAAACUGAUAUAUAGAAUAACAGCUUGUUGUUAAUGUCAUAAAUUUGUCUACAUGUAAAAUGAUACUUGCUCCAACUGAAACAAGAUGUAAUUCUCGUUUUAUUACGACUUUAUUUGCUUCAGUUUGACAAUUUGAAAUGCUGGAAAUUUGAGGUUUCUAUGAAUUGAAAUUCAAUGGGAGAAAAUGGAAAACCUUUUUUAAAUUGUUCAUUUGUUGCUUUUUUUCCAACAUAAUAGGGGUUUUUCCACACCAAUUCAAUUACUUAAUAUAGCAACGUAUGGAUUGAUCAAGUGUUUGAAGGGUUUUACUUCGUGAUAUGAGUUUGAUUCUUAUCACCUACAAAAAGAUCAAUUCUCCUUUCUUAUCCGUGGAAACACCAUCAUCAUCAACAACCUAAUAUCCCACUCGAAAACAAGUCUGAAUGAGGGAAGGUGACUGACAUUUCAUACCCGUAUCCUCCGUGUUCUUUUAAGGUUCUAAAAGUUUUUUCACACUCUUCGGACCAUUCAAACUUCUUUUCUUUCUUCAUCAAUAUUGUCAAAGGUCGUGCGAUGCGUGAAAAGUCCUUAACAAACCUCCUAUAUCAAGCCAAACCCAAGACUUCAGUAACAU